AAAAUUUUAUCACACCAACCAAAAACAUCGAUAACUCUACUCUCUUCAGUGUGUGGCAUCUCAAAGCUCGUUCGUUGUCUUCAAUGGCUUCACUUAUUAACAUGGUUUCAGUUUCACCAAAAAUAUUAACACCCACAAAAACAACAAGAACCUCUUCAUUUCAAACACGACCAAAUUUGACACCGUUUUCUGUCUCUUUUACUAAGAGAAGAUUAACUAUUAGAGCAGCUGAAACUGAUACAAAUGAAGUUAAAUCUGAGGCACCGGAUAAGGCACCUGCUAAAGAUGGAUCAAGCUUUAAUCAGCUUCUUGGUAUUAAAGGAGCUUCCCAAGAAUCAAAUAUAUGGAAGAUUCGUCUUCAACUUACAAAGCCUGUAACAUGGCCUCCAUUAGUUUGGGGUGUAGUUUGUGGUGCCGCUGCUUCUGGAAAUUUCGAAUGGAACUUUGAGAAUGUUGCUAAAUCAAUUUUGUGCAUGAUGAUGUCUGGCCCGUUCCUGACCGGAUAUACACAGACUUUGAAUGAUUGGUAUGACCGAGAAAUCGAUGCAAUAAACGAACCUUAUAGACCAAUUCCUUCUGGUGCAAUAUCUGAGAAUGAGGUAAUCACUCAAAUAUGGGUGCUGCUACUAGGAGGUCUUACUUCGGCGGGUAUAUUGGAUAUAUGGGCAGGGCAUGAUUUCCCUAUAGUUUUUUACCUCGCAUUGGGCGGAUCCCUGCUGUCAUAUAUAUAUUCUGCACCUCCUUUAAAGCUAAAACAAAAUGGAUGGAUUGGAAACUUUGCCCUUGGAGCAAGUUACAUCAGUUUGCCAUGGUGGGCUGGUCAGGCUUUGUUUGGGACUCUUACACCAGACGUUAUUGUUCUUACACUCCUAUACAGCAUAGCUGGAUUGGGAAUUGCCAUUGUAAAUGACUUCAAAAGUGUUGAAGGAGAUAGAGCUCUAGGACUUCAGUCUCUUCCUGUUGCUUUUGGUUCUGAAACUGCAAAAUGGAUAUGUGUUGGCGCUAUCGACAUUACACAAUUAUCUGUUGCUGGAUAUCUACUUGGGGCUGGUAAACCAUAUUAUGCAUUGGCUCUACUUGCCUUAAUAGCUCCACAAGUUUUUUUUCAGUUCAAGUAUUUCCUCAAGGACCCUGUGAAAUAUGAUGUUAAAUAUCAGGCUAGUGCACAACCAUUUUUGGUUCUUGGUCUGUUGGUUACUGCUCUAGCAACAAGCCAUUGAAAAAGAUGUGAAGGGAGUCACCAGUUAGAUGUCAUCUACCUUAAAGAUGUCUGCCAUAAUUUUUGUUUUAUCUGAUUUUUGUGUUGUUUCUAUCUUCUCUUAUCCACUUGAGUUUUUCAUAAUUUUUAAGUUUAGGUUGAGAAAAGGUUUCUUUAUAGGAAACAUUAAAAGAGACCAAUUGUACAAAAUGUAUUGUAGACAUAUCACAUAUACAAUUCCCUUUCCUGGUUUAAUAAGUAUAACCUUGACUCCUUUUUAUGGUUUAUUGAUAAUAAAACCAUUAUAUUAUAGGACCAAA